GAGAGAGAGAGAGAGAGAGAGAGAGAGGCGUCUGAUCUUCAGCUCGUUCUCAGUCCUUCAGUUCUUCAUCGACUCGGAAACGUCGCGCGCUCGCGCUCUGGAGACGGAUAUUUGUGGAUAUCUCGAGCGUUGUUUUAUCGUACCGUGCGAAUUCUCAUGAGAGGUUUUCUUCAGCGCGGACUGAUGUGGAUUUAAAGCCUUUUUUCAGUCCGAUCCGAGCUGCAGAUUUGAUGUCAAACGAAGUAAACGGCAGAUUAAUCAUCCCCGAGCCGAGCGAGCGCUGUGGAUUACGACCGAACUCGUCUCUCACGGAUCGGUUCCGAUGAUUGCGCACUGACAUCAGAUCCGAGCUCGUACCCAGCGAACCCAGACAGUCGUUUCAGCGUUUCCCUUUUGGAUUCCGUGGGGUGAAAUAGUAAAGUCUGGCGUAUGAAACGGAUCGCGUGCGCUUCUCCUGCUCGCCGUUUCUCCGCCGUCUGCUCUGCGCCUGUGGAUUCGGACCUCCGGAUCUUCAUGACUUGCGGACAAAAUGGCCGUUUUGUAGCCGGGGAACCCUCUUGUCGUCCCGCAUGUUCAGGACCAAACGAUCGGGGCUCGUCAGGCGACUCUGGAGGAGCCGCGCGCCCGCGGAGGGCGACGGAGACGCGGACACCAGCGGCGCCGCGGGCUGCUGUCUCGGUAAACCGGGCGCCAGUAAGCCGAACCCCGGCACCGAGGCCGAACUGAAGGCGCUGACAUACUCGAUCCUGAAGAAGAUCAAGGAGAAGCAGCUGGAGGUGCUCCUGCAGGCGGUGGAGUCCCGCGGCGGAGCGCGCAGCCCCUGCCUCCUCCUCCCGGGGAAAGCGGACGCCAGGCUGGGUCAGCAGUCGCUCCCGCUGCCGCUGCUGCUCUACAAGGUGUUCCGGUGGCCGGACCUCCGGCAUUCCUCGGAAUUAAAGAGACUUUCGUGCUGUGAAUCUUACGGGAAAAUCAACCCGGAUCUCGUGUGCUGCAACCCGCAUCAUAUGAGCAGACUGUGCGAGCUCGAAUCCCCCCCACCCCCGUACUCAAGAUAUCCCACCGAUUUUCUUAAACCACCUGAUUCUCCAGGUUCUGUGCCUGCUUCCACUGAAACUGGAGGAACGGCGUAUUCGGCCCCUAUGGGGUUCUCAGAUUCCCUGGCUCUUCAGGAGCGUGGAGAACAGCCUCAUUGGUGUGUGGUGGCGUACUGGGAGGAAAAGACCCGCGUUGGGCGCCUAUACUCCGUCCAGGAGCCAUCUCUGGACAUCUUUUAUGACCUACCUCAGGGCACAGGCUUUUGCUUGGGCCAACUCGCCUCCGACAACAAGAGUCAACUGGUGCAAAUGGUUCGGGCCAAGAUUGGCUACGGCAUCCAGCUGAGCCGCGAACCCGACGGUGUGUGGGUGUAUAACCGGAGUUGCUACCCUAUAUUCAUCAAGUCAGCCACACUGGACAACCCCGACUCGCGUACGCUGCUGGUGCAUAAAGUAUUCCCUGGCUUUUCCAUCAAGGCCUUUGACUUUGAGAAGGCGGGAAGCCUACAGCGGCCCAAUGACCAUGAGUUCAGCCAGCAGCCGCGGACGGGCUUCACCGUGCAGAUCAGUUUCGUGAAGGGCUGGGGGCAGUGCUACACCAGACAGUUCAUCAGCAGCUGCCCCUGCUGGCUGGAGGUCAUAUUCAAUAACCGAUAACAGCGAGCCCCACCCCUCACCACGCCCCCCAUUCCUUCAUGGAGACGGACUAGCCCUUACCUUUUAUGGACUAUGUUGUCUUUCUGUUUUGUUUUUCGUGAGAAGUUCUCAGAAGGAUGCUUUACGAGAGAAAUGGAAACCGGAAGCUCACUCGGACUUGUGUAAUGAAUGACUAAGAUUUAAGUGAAAUAAAAGCUAAAAUGUAUUUUAUGUUAAAUAUAAAUAUAUUAUUACCUGUAAAUACGAAGUUUUAUAUGCAUUGUUAUUUAUGUAUUGUGCAAUGUGUUGAUGAGAAAAAAAGAGAUGCACUUUGCUUAAUAUAA